GUAUGUGUGUACGUGGGUGGGGGCUGUCUGGCAGGACAGGUCUUUGCGUUUGCAACAGUCAGUCUUCUUCUCCAGGUCCCACAGCCUGGCUGAUUUCCUGCCCACCAGGGUCUGUGUGUGUGUGUAAGGACUUACCCUCUCCAAACUACCAGCAGUCUGUGAGUUGUGUGUUGGAGAUGGAGAAGAGAGGAGAUAUCAUGUUGGGCGUUGAAGAUGAGUCUGGUCAGCCAGUGUCAGCACUGUCGAUCCUAUCCCUGCUAGAACGCGUCUCUACCAUCAUCGAUGGUGUGCAGGCCAGCCAGCAGCGCAUGGAAGAACGCCAGCAGCAGCUCGAGACAUCCGUAACUGCUGUCCAAUCAGAGCUCCUCAAACUGGCCCAGGACCAUGGAGCCACAGCGAGCACUGUGGACAAGUUGCUGCAGAAGGCCCGGCGUGUGAGUGCUCAUGUAAAGGAGGUGCGUUCACGUGUGGAGAAACAGAAUGUCCGCGUGAAGAAAGUGGAGACCACGCAAGAUGAACUUCUCACCAGGAACAAGUUCAGAGUUGUCAUCUACCAGGGUGAGACUGAAAUGCCGUCUGUUGCUGUGACAAAGACCCCUAAGGGGGCAGGGCUUGCCAAUGUGGAGGUGGAGCCUGAUGAAUAUGAGAUCCCUGCAGACCUUUCUUCUGAUGAGGAAUAUAUGGUGGUGGAGGAGGCGGAGUCGUCACGGGCGGCACGUCUGAAACAGACAGGCUUGAAGGGGAUAGAGAACAUCAAAGCGGCGUUCUCCAAGGAGAACAUGAGUAAGACCCGUGAAAGAACCCGUGAGAACCUCAGCAAGACUAAGGAGAGUCUGAGCAAGACAGGACAGACUCUGGGCACCAAGUUCAACAACCUAGGUGAGAAGAUCAUUCCCUCUGAGCAGCGGGAGAAGAUGCGUCAGAGUGGCGAGAGGCUGAAGGAGAACAUUGCAAAGAAAGCUCCCAGCAUCAAACUCAAAAAGGAACGUGCUGUCGCUGAGGGCGAGGAAGGAGCUGAGGCGGAGGCUGCUGUGACCCCACCCAAAGGCAGGAAGUCCAACCCAGAGGUCACCUACACAGAGGUUGUCACAGAGAGCAAACGGGAGGGUCCUGUGUCUGAGGAAGGAGCCACCCGUAUUCCGGAGAAAGAGUAGAGCAGGUUCCCCGUGGAUACAGAAGAGAAAUGCGGAAAAUGGUGGAGGAGGAGGAAGAGAUAGAGGGAGAACAGGAGUGUGAGAAAAUGAGAUAGCAUUGUACAAAUGAAAUUAGGUGCUUAAGAAAGAGAACGAGUAUCAGAGGUCAUAAGUGAGAGAGAACUAGACUGUGUGUGUGAGCGUGUGGAUGUAAUUACCCAGUUCACAAGAAAUAUCCUGGUUAAAACCUUUUAGCUUAAAUCCCACUGUGAACGCAUUACAGAGGUGUCAAACUCAGUUCCUGGUCGGACACAGCUUUGCAGAAAUUAGGGUUUUCCCUCUUCUAACACUCUGAAUUCAGUUAAGAUAAGUUGAAUUAGGUGUAUUUAAUGAGAUUUAGAGAAAGCUAAACUCUGCAGUGCUGUGGCCCACAAAGGCUGGAAUCUGACAAUGAGAGUCAGUCAGUGAGACAACAGUUGUUUGUGUCAUAGUUCCCAAAAUCAGGAAUAAUUCCCAAUCCUGGGGGACCACAACAUUGCCAAAAUCAAUGUUCAUCACUCCCAGCCUUAAACUGAACACAAGCCCAAUCCACCUCAUAAAGCCCUUGAUAAUUAUCCUGUGAGUUGAAUUAACUGUGCUGAAUCAACAAGAAUACAGAGCUGCACAGAAAUCAUGGAAUUGUUUUAAUGUCUAAUUGAUGUCUGUGAGAUUUGGUGUGUAUGAGAGAGAUCAAGAGAAAAUGAGAGAGGAAAUGUCUGCUUGUUUAUCCAGUUAGGAGCUUACUUGAGAGGAUUUUAGUAGAAAUGUAAAGCCAGUAAAUGACAUCUGUAUGGAAAAGGAGAGUUAUUUUAUUCCUUCACUUUUUUCUGUUUUGCGCUGCUUUCACAGUCUUGGGUCUGCAUUAAGUUUUUCUAUGAUUAAAGUCACAUUUAUGAAUACAA